CAGCAGUAGUCAGCCCAUGAUCGUACAGUAGAACAGUAGCGGAGUAGUAGCAGCUAGCCCAGCAGUAUAGCUUUCGAAGUUAGCGUCUUCCACAGGGCGCUCUCGCCGCUCUGUCUAUCUCUCUUCUCAUAUAGCCAAACGAAGACGACGACAUCGGAGCAAAGGAUUGCGCGUUCGCCGCCUGGUGAAUACGAACACACACGCCGCCGUGAGCGAGCAAAGAUCCCAGCAGCAGCGACGCAGGCUAGCAGCAGCAGGCAAGAAGGCAGAAGAGAGGCGAGGCGUGGUAGUACGCGUGCGCGGCUCCUGCGCACGCGGCCGUACUGUCAGUUCAAAAAACGUCGGCCAUCGUCGCCAAAGGGAGGAGAAGAGCACAACGCCAAAAGCAAGCGAGAGAGAGAGAGAGAGAGGGAGAGAGAAGGCGAACGGAACGAGCUGCGCUGCUGACUACGACGACGACGUAGCUUGUGUGCCGUGUGUCCCGGGGAAGAGAUAAUUACAUCCGUAUAAACGUGUCGCCGCCGUUCUCGCUCUGUGCCGAUAGUGUGCUACUAUAUUUUAUUAUUUGUAAUUAAUUUGUUGCUGUGCGCGUCUCGGCGACGACGACGAUGUGAUAGAUAUCACUCUUUCUCACUCUCUCCGAAUAUAUCUCUGGUGUUCUUUUUGCCUCACACUCUCUAUCUCCGUAAUAGUGCAUUGGUGUGUGUUUCUCUUUGAGUAAAGUCAAGGCUCGCAUGUCCAGAAAUCGUCAUCUGGUGCGCGUUCAUAGCCUUCUAGUUACGACGUGUAUGAGCAGCCGAGCCAACGUGCGGCACCACCUUACGAGGCUGCUGCUUACUACUGCCCAGAGGACUGACUAGAAAAACAAGAAAAAAGUGUGUAACGCAGCAAGCAAGGGAGAGAGCAAACGCCAAGGGCCUGUUUCUCUCUCUCUUUUGCACUCUGUUCUUUUCUUUUUUUUUUUACGAAAAUCCUUCGACUGUGUGCGAACGACGAGUGUGUGUGACGACUAUCACGACGUUAAAGUGUGGCCCAGGUGGCGGUUAGGCCAAAGCUGAACGAGCACAAUGAGCGGCCGACCUAGGACCACCUCCUUCGCCGAGGGUAAAGACAAGCCCCCAUCUAACCUACCGCUUGGUGGUAUGAAGAUAAGCAGCAAAGACGGGAGCAAGGUGACAACAGUGGUGGCGACCCCCGGCGCCGGACCGGACCGUCCCCAGGAGAUCGCAUACACCGACACCAAGGUCAUCGGAAAUGGCAGCUUCGGCGUCGUUUACCAGGCCAAACUCUGUGAGACCAGCGAGACCGUUGCUAUCAAGAAGGUCUUGCAAGACAAGCGAUUCAAGAACAGAGAGCUGCAAAUCAUGCGACGUCUUGAGCACUGCAAUAUCGUCAAACUCAAGUAUUUCUUCUACUCGAGUGGUGAAAAGAAGGACGAGGUUUACCUGAAUCUAGUCCUGGAAUACAUACCUGAAACCGUGUACAAAGUCGCCCGACACUACAACAAGAGCAAGCAGACGAUACCAAUCAGUUUCAUUAAGUUAUACAUGUAUCAGCUGUUUCGUUCGCUCGCUUACAUCCACUCGUUAGGGAUCUGCCACAGGGACAUCAAGCCGCAAAACUUGCUGCUCGACCCGGAGACAGGCAUACUCAAGCUCUGCGACUUUGGCUCGGCUAAGCAUCUCGUCAAGGGCGAGCCCAACGUCUCGUACAUAUGCAGCCGCUACUAUCGUGCUCCCGAGCUCAUCUUCGGUGCUAUUGACUACACCACGAAAAUCGAUGUGUGGAGUGCUGGUUGUGUACUGGCGGAGCUAUUACUGGGUCAACCGAUAUUCCCAGGCGACAGCGGCGUGGACCAACUGGUUGAAAUCAUUAAGGUUCUUGGCACACCCACCCGCGACCAGAUUCGCGAAAUGAAUCCCAAUUAUACUGAGUUCAAAUUCCCGCAAAUCAAGUCUCAUCCCUGGCAUAAGGUGUUCAGGUCGCGCACGCCACUCGAGGCAAUGGACUUGGUGGAACGUCUGCUGGAGUACACGCCGUCACUGCGUAUGACACCGUUAGGUGCAUGCGCUCACAACUUCUUUGACGAGUUGCGCGAGCAAGUGACGCGGCUACCAAACGGUCGUGAAUUGCCGCCUCUGUUCAACUUCACCGAGCACGAGUUGAGGAUUCAACCGAAUCUCAAUUCGCUGCUGAUACCCAAGUAUAUGCAAACUGUCGAUGGUUCGCAAUCGUCUGGAGCCGGUGGUAGUGCUGCUGGUGGUAAUCAGUCAGCUGAAGGUUCAAGUGCUGCCGGCGGUGCCUCGGCGACCAACGAGGCUGCUGCUGGUUCGCAAGCAUCUGGCGUGGCUGGCAACUCAAACGAGGCUGCGUCUCAGUCCGCACAAAAUGCUGAUCCUAACCAAUCGAACAUGGCUUAAGAAGGGUGAACAAUCUACAGGGAAUCGGCUUCUUUUUCUCAUCUUUCUUUCCACCUGGCUCUUGUAUCAUUUUCCUCUUCAAGCCGACAAUAAUCGGCGAGUUAAGUAGCUACGGCAGCAGCAGCAGCGUGACAUCGAGCGACAGGAAGGGAUAUAUGAAAAAGAAAACAGAGCGAUAUAAUCUCGCUCCCCCGUCAUCGUCGUUGACAUAAAAAACAACAACGCGGACACACUCACUCAACGUGCCGCGCCUCAAUGUGGUAGCGUCGAAAGCAAGCAACAACCCUUCGGAUAUUGUCUCAUACGCAUCAUCAACGACAGUAAACAACAAUCGUCAUCAUUGCCACAUCACGUUCACGAGAGAAAUAUUAUGGAUAUAACUUCAUGAGUGAUAAAAAGACGGUUCGUAGGAUGUUACGAAAAUGAGAGAACUACGUGCGCGAGGUAGAAAGAGAGAAGGACUUUUAACAGCAAAAAGUGCAAGUGCGCGAGAAAGAAUGAAUGAUAAACGCACUGAGAGAAAAAAGAGAGAGAGCCAAGCACGAAGCUCGCCGUGUUGGCUCGUCAUAUGUGUGGUCGAACUUCUUUUUUGAAUUGUAUAUAGACAGAAAAAGGGGGAGGGAGCGAGGAGGAGGGGGGUGAAAGAGCGUUCUUUAACGACAGUUUGUGAAGAAACACAAGAAAAGAAAUAAAUGAAAUGAAAUUGCAAAAAGUUCUAAUGUCAGCAUAUACGUUAUUAUAUAUAAUAUUAUUAUUAUUAUAAUUAUUAUUAUUAUGAAAGUGAAAGGAA